UAUAUAUAUAUAUACAUGUAAUUACAUGUACGCGCGAGACUCUAUAGAGCACAUAACCUUGUCAAGUCUGUAUGCUACACUUUUUAAAUAUCAUAAGAGUACAACAUAGCUCACACGCAAAUAUAAUCGUCAUACAGCACAUACAAUAUAAGAUCGCGCACAGUAGAGCGCCAAACCAGUCUCCAACUGGUACAUUUAUACUUUGAAUAAUAUAACCCUAUUUAUAGAUACAUACCUCCUCUUCAAUUAUAGUAUUACACCACUCACAACAAAAUGCCCAGCUCACUAUUGGACGCAGUAAUUAAAGGCGACAUAGCGUCGAUGAAAACAUUUAUAGAUGAUGGCGAAGAUGUCAAUCUGGCAGACCAUUUCAACCGCACUUAUGUGCACUGGGCGUCUCAGGGAGGCAAUAAAGAGGUGGUUGAUAUUUUGAUCAAAGCUGGAGCCGUUUUCGAUAUCCGCACCAAUUCGGGUGUGUCGCCGUUGCACAAUUCCCUGUACUGUGGCAACCAUUCCGUGACCAAACUUCUGCUGGAAUCUGGGGCCUCGCUAGACAAACCUGAAUUACCGUUCGACCAAAUGGCACUACAUUGGGCGGCUCGGAGUGGCAAUAUAGAGGUUGCGCAGAUAUUGUGUGAAAAGGCGGGCGCUGACCCGAGCCGAUUAGACAAGGCAGGGCACAGUUGCGGAGACGUGGCUAGGAGGCAUGGGCACCGACGGCUCGCCAUCGUGCUUGAUAGGCUCAGAGGAGUAGAUGUCAAGUCAGACGCCGAGGACGAAGACGAGAAGUCAACAAGCAGCAACAUCAAACAAGAAACUACCGGCGAACACCCAAGUGUUCAAAGCAGUUCACAGACACAUACAAGCACAAGCACACUCACAGCCAACGAGCAUACAGAAGCGCCUGAAAGGAAAGAACGCCCAUCGCAGAAAAAGAGGUCUACCAAACGCCGCGGAGAUGAUAGCGACGAUAUGCCUAAUAGUAAGGCCAAGAAAAAACCCAAGGCAGUACGAAAACCCAAGGCAGCGGGCAACAAGGGACGGCAUUCGCCUGAGAAGCCCGGGGGUGGCAGAUCAACGGGGCCCAACAACGGGUUAAACCGCAAACGGUCACGAGUGAGACCUCGGGACGGCCAUAGCGCGUCCAGAAAAUCAAGCACGAUGAGUGGUGAGGAAAUAAGGGAGAAGAAAAAGAAACCACCCGCCGUAUCGUUUAAUUACGACAGCCUAUUCGGCGGUGAUGGAGGGAAUAGUGAAGCGUCUAUGACUAUGAAGAUACCCAAGCGCAAGAUAUGA